UUCAAACAAGCCUCAGAACGACGCUUGGAAAGCUCGACAUGUCAGUAUCGAGCAGCCUAUCACUAGUUUGAUAUUAUGAGACCCUCGCGCUCUGACUACUUUAUGGCCACAUGAUCAAGCAAAGGUGCGGAAGGGCUUUCCCAUUUCACAUGGCCAUACACUGAGGUGUCUAAUGGCCUCCAGCUCCUUUCUGUUCAUGUGAGAAGUGAAUCUGAGAAGAGAAGGACAGACACUUAAAGAGAGAGAGAAGAGUUUCCCACAGAGCAUGGCCUCUGCUAAAGAAGAUGGCGUGAAUGAAAGAACGGUGGACAUUAAAGAAGAGGACUGUGAGUGGCUCUCACGGGAGGAUGUGUGUGUGAAGCUGGAGGAUCAUGAAGAAAGAAUUUCAGUUUUUAAAGAGGAGGAGGAGUGCAAGGGGGUGACUACUGCCAUUAAAGCUGAGGAUCUGAAUGAUUUCUCCUGUGGUCUUAAACUUCAAAAGCAUGAAACUGAGGAUAUUUUCAAGCAAGAGGCCUGUGAAGAAUCUCCAUCCAGUUUACAGCCCUGGUCCACUAAUACAGGACGACUGGCUACGCAGGAGAAUUUUGCAGAGCUGAAAUCAGAGUCUGAAGAGAAAAUCACAGAGGGAAAUGGGAGUGAAGGAGAAGAGUCACCUGGGAGUGUUGAAAUAAAUUUACAGAAGAAUGGCAGCUUCUCUCCACCUUCAUUUGGUCAGCACUCUCUUCAAUACAAUGUUAAAGGUUUAAAGAAAUCCGCAAGAGGAUCAGAGAACCUGACAGCAGCCUUUUUGCAGUGCAGUUCUUUCCCUGCUACUGGAGUAACACAGACAGAAGCCAUCAGAACUGAUCGACAGCAAGUGGAGAAAGAAAUCCAAAUUCAUACUGGAAAAAAAUGUUUGGAAUGUGGCAAACAAUUCACACAGAAAAGUCUUCUUAAUAAGCAUAUGAAGAUUCACACUGGAGAAAAACCAUAUUGUUGUCAUGAAUGUGGUAAGUCGUUCUUAACACGAAGCAUUCUUCAAAGACACAGAAGAAUCCACACAGGAGAAAAACCUCAUUGCUGUCCAGAAUGUACUAAGUCAUUCUCACGUAUAAGCAGUCUUAAGAGGCACAGAAGAAUCCACACAGGAGAAAAACCUCAUUGCUGUUCAGAAUGUGGUAAGUCAUUCUCACGUAUAAGCAGUCUUCAGAGGCACAGAAAACUCCACAUUGUAGAAAAACCUCAUUGUUGUACGGAAUGUGGUAAUUCAUUCUCACAAAUAAGCGAUCUUAAGAUGCACAGAAGAAUCCACACAGGAGAAAAACCUCAUUGCUGUUCAGAAUGUGCUAAGUCGUUCUUAUGGAGAAGUGAACUUCAGAGGCACAGGAGAAUCCACACAGGAGAAAAACGUCAUUGUUGUACAGAAUGUGGUAAUUCAUUCUCACAAAUAAGUGAUCUAAAGAUGCACAGAAGAAUCCACACAGGAGAAAAACCUCAUUGUUGUCCAGAUUGUGGUAAGUCGUUCUCACAAAUAAGUGAUCUAAAGGUGCACAGAAGAAUCCACACAGGAGAAAAACGUCAUUGUUGUCAUGAAUGUGGCAAACAGUUUUCUGACAAACACAGUUCUCAAAGGCACACACAAAUUCAUACUGAAGAGAAGCCAUAUUGCUGUUCUCAAUGUGGAAAAGGUUUUUCAACAUUAGCAGUUUAAAAAGGCAUGCACAAACUGACGCUGGGGAGAAAAAGCAGUAUGUAUGUUCUGAAUAUGGCAAAUGUUUUGAAAGACAGAACAUUCUCCAUUCACAUGCCAAAAUCCAUAAUGAAGAAAAAUCUUAUGUGACAAAUGAUUCUCCUGUCAAAAUACGUGCCACAACAGGAUCCACAUCGGAGAGAAGCAGUACACCUGUUCUGAAAGUGGUAAAGGAUACUCUUCCAGAAAAAGGUUUCGGAGACGCACACAAACUCAUAAUGGAGUAAAGCCUGUCCCAGAAAUGACAAAUGAUCUUUGUAUUGGCUCCUAGGGCAAAAAAAAAAAUUAAAAAUAAAGAAAAAUCUUUUGAAUGAGCAAAAAGGACUCCUGUUUAAAUUACAGCAACAUUUAUUUAUAUAGCACAUUUUCAUACAAAUAAUGCACCUCAAAGUGCUUUACAUGAUGAAGAA